CCAAAAAAAAAAAAAUGGGUUUGAAUUUGAACUUUUUUGUUCUUUUUUUGGGAUCUUCGGUUGUGGCGAUUGGGAUGGGUAGCAACAUUUGGCCGUGGGGCGGCGGCAGUGGUUUUGGUUCUGAGUCUUGGUGCCCCUGUGCCGGAAAAGAGCCAGACCCCAAUGCAAGAACAAUCGAGGUCGGUGGGUCGGACGGCUGGAAUUAUGGGGUCAAUUACACGGGCUGGUUUCUCAAAAAUUGGCCCUUCUUUGUCGGUGACACUUUGGUGUUCAAAUACCCUUCGCACCACAGCUUGAGUCUGCUGAAAGAUUGGUCGAGCUACUUAAACUGUAGCAUGGAGGGAUCGACUCUGAUUGGGAGCACGACAGCAGGUGGGGGUGAGGGAUUCAAAGUGACGCUGCAGCCCACGCCCUAUCCCUAUUUCUUUGUCUGUCCCGAGAAAAAUGGCAUCCAUUGCAGCGCUGGACAGAUGAAGUUCGCUAUCUGGCCCUUUCCACGUCUCCAACAUCAGUGACAUCACAUCCAAUCCCACACAAUUAACUAAAAUUUGAAUAAUCUCGUCAUGAGAUCAUUUUUCUUUUUUAUUUUUUUUCUUCUUGUUUUACUUUUCUUGAAAUGAGAAUGAGAACAGAGACUGGUUCUACUCCUUCCUUGAAUUAGAUUGCUGGACUUAUUUAUAUAUAUAUAUAUAUGUAUGCAAACAAUGUUCACCAUGAAUCUCAUCAAGUAUAGUGCACUUCAGUGAAACAUAUAUAUAUAUAUAUAAUAAAUGAGGAAGUUAAUGUGCUUUCUUACAAGGAAAGUUACCUCCAGGCCCACGUCAGGGAAAGCUACAACCUACAAACUUAUUACUUACUUAUUUUGUUCUUUUCUUGGAAGCGAUUUGUAGAGAUAGAUUUUUGUAUACAUUUCAGAUAAUAUUCCUACAUGUGUACAUGUAUAGGAUUUUAUUUUCUCAAGGUAAAUACAGAAAUGAACACAUUAAUUUCCAAGUCAACCUCCAAUUCCUAAUAUAUAACAGUCAGAAAUCUCGAAUAUUAAGCAUCCAUAAGUUUUCCCUGACGUGGGCUUGCAGGUAACUUUCCUUGUAAGAAAGACGCGAAGAAGGCAAGCGCCUGUUGAGGCUUGUAACUUGGUACAAAAUGUCCAGCUCCUUUUAUGCUCACAAAUGUCACAUUCUCAUACCCAACUACAUAUCCUCCAACCUUUCAUAAAUUAUAAUAUAUAAAGGGUUAUUAUUAGUUCCAUCAUAUAUAGUAUUAUUAGAACGAAAUAAAGCCAACAAAAAAUUUNGUUUUGUU